AUGUCAGUGUAUUGUUUGUGUGUUGCGCGUGUUCUCACUGGCAGAGUGAGAGAGAGAGAAGCAGGAACUUUGAAAGGCUAGGAGUCUGAGAACCGUUGACGAUGUUUUCCUGACAGUUAAUUUGAAUUCUGCACACCGCACUGUUGAAUACGGAGUUAUAUUGUACAGCCGGUGAGUGUAUUUAUUAGCUCGGCAGACAGGAAGCGUGUGACACUGAUGAAACAUUCGAUUUAGCUGAAUCGAGUCGAGUGGUGUGUGUGGCCAGUUGCAGCAGUGGAUGAUUGACCAGCGCGCGGUCCGCGUGGUGACUGUGCAUGCAGCUUCGAUAGUGGUCAAGCCAGCCCUGCUGGGAUGUGUGUGAAGGAGUGUUGUGUCACGGGUUGAUUGGAAUGCAUCAGUCUGCUGGUGGAAGAUUACAGAGUUGACACUGUAAGUGAGUACGGAGGGCGAGCUGUCAUUGUGAAGGGACCCAUUGAGUCAUGACGGUGCAACCUCUCGGCCGCCCAGUCUGAGAUAUCGCUCAGUCGGCAUUGAUGCUUGUUCUGCAGGAAAAGCAGGUGAGUGAACCAACAUUUACCACGACAUGAGUCUUCAUCGAUAUACCCAGCACAUUUUGUGUGUGUGUCUCCUGUUUCUCAUCAUCUACGGCUACUACAUCCUGCUAGUGGGUGAUGGAAAUGUGUUUGAUCCCUACGUCAGAUACGGCCGGAUUUUGACAUGGGCCAUGUACAUACCGAGGAUCUGCACAUACUUCGUUGUUACAUUUGCAUUCGGCAACCUUCUCGGGAUCGUCUGUUUCAACACAUUCCCGGAAAGUCCUCGUCUGAAACAGUCUCCACUUCUGAUUCCGUUCGUCUGCUUCCGCGUGGUGACCCGAGGCCUGUUCCCAGAGCUCGUCAAGGACAACAUCGACCGGAAUAUCGGGCUCUGCGAGACGGUGGGCCUCCAGAACUUCAUGUUCGAGGUUGUCACCGACAUGCCCAUCAAUCUGGCAAAGAACCGAUGUGUUCGCGAGAUCGUCGUCCCACACAACUACAGCACCAGUCAGGGCUCUUUGUACAAAGCCCGAGCACUCCAGUACUGUUUGGAACCAGAGAUCAACUGUCUCAGCGACAAUGAUUGGAUUGUGCAUCUGGACGAGGAGACGGUUCUGACGGAAGACUCCAUCAUAGGAAUCGUCAACUUCAUCGCAGAGGGGAAGCACCACUUCGGUCAGGGUUCCAUCGUAUACACCAAGGACAAGAUCGUCAACUGGAUCACCACUCUCAUCGACAGCGUCCGUGUCGGGGUUGAUUACGGAGUUCUGAGGUUCUGUCUGAAGGCACUCAACAGACCUUUCUUCAGCUGGAAAGGUUCGUUCAUUGUCGCCAAUGCUGCUGCCGAGAUGGAUGUCUCGUUUGACCACGGACCAGAGUCGUCGGUGGCAGAAGAUUCCUUCUUCGCAAUGAUGGCAACCACAAAGGGAUACACUUUUGGAUUCGUGGACGGAGAGAUGUGGGAACGCAGCACAUUUACGAUGAUGGACUUCCUCCGACAAAGGCGGCGUUGGCUCUUGGGUAUUAUUAUGGCGGCUCUCAGCUCAAAAAUUCCCAUCCGGCACAAAGUGGGACUAAUACUGAUGAGCAUUUCCGGUUUAACGUUGCCCAUUAUGACUUUUGGUUUAUUUCUGGGUUUCAUUUAUCCAUUACCAUCGUGGGGUGGAAUUCAUCCACUUAUUUGCUCACCAUUGGGUACGUUGUUGUUCCUGUAUAUUUUCGGUACUAUAAAAUCAUUUAGUUUAAAAAGAAUAGGAUAUCUUAAAUUUGCCUUAAUUAUAAUUUCCACCAUUGGUUGUGCUGUACUUGCUAUAAUUUUAGAGAGCAUCGCAGCUUUUUGGGCGUGGUUUUCACAUGGACAAAUUGCAUUUCAUAUAGUUAAAAAAGACACUCCACGCAAAACUAUAGUUUAGUCCAUAUAUUUGUGUUUCACAGUUACAAAGUGAAAAGGCAAGAUAUACCAGUACAUUAGGUAUUACAUGUAGUUUUCUGGUGGCAGCGACAACUUUGCUAACUUUUGCAUCUAGCUCAGUGUUAAAGUUUCGCGUUUAGCUCCAUUUUCCACAAACUACAAGUUGUAUAUGAAUGAAACUGAGUUUAUAGUUGAAAUUAUAGAUGUUCAUCACAAAGCAUGUGGAUUUUUAAAAAUUGAAAUUAAAAUUUUAAUUGAAUUUUUUUACAUUAAUUUAAAAAAAAUUAAAAAAAUUAUUAUUAUUAUUUUUUUAAUCAUACCAGGUACUUUGAAAUGAACAUCUAUGAAUACAACUGUAAGUGACAUAUAUUAGGUUUAUGGUAGGUGACAUCUUUAAUUCCACUGAAUACUUGUUCCUUGAUAAAACCAUGACAAAUAUGACAUAAACAAUCAAAAUAAACAUAUAUGUAUUCACAAAGUUUGGCUUAUAGUGUACUUAGUUUUUAAAACAAAAGUUCUGAGAAAAAUGCAGUGAUGAUAUAGAAAAAAACCCAGUAUUUUUUAAAUGUCUAAACGUACAUGUACAUGUAUAUGUACUUACAUACUAAUGGGUUUUUUCGUUUUAUUAUGAUAUGAUAUUCAAUUGUAAUAUGUUUAAAUCUUUGACUUUGUGAUGUUUCUUGCUUAAUCUGAACUAGCUAUUUAAGUUUAUAUGAUACAAUUACAUGUAUUUAUGUUAUGAAUAUGCUAUAGUGUGUAUUGUAUGUGGUAAAUAUAUAUUGUAAACAUUGAUUAUAAUUUAUAUGUUC